AUGUCUUGCCGUUCCUAUCGUAUCAGUUCGGGUUGUGGUAUCACCAGAAACUUCAGCUCCUGCUCGGCUGUGGCCCCCAAGACAGGCAACCGCUGUUGCAUCACUGCUGCCCCAUACCGUGGGGUGUCCUGCUACAGGGGACUGACCGGCUUUGGCAGCCGCAGCCUAUGUAAUGUGGGCUCCUGUGGCCCCCGAAUCUCCGUUGGAGGCUACCGUUCCAUGAGCUGUGGCCGGAGCUUCGGCUACCGCUCUGGGGGAGUGUGUGGCCCCAGUCCCCCCUGCAUCACCACUGUGUCUGUCAAUGAGAGCCUCCUGACCCCCCUCAACCUGGAGAUUGACCCCAACGCCCAGUGCGUGAAGCAUGAGGAGAAGGAACAAAUCAAGUGUCUCAACAGCAAGUUCGCAGCCUUCAUCGAUAAGGUUCGGUUCCUCGAGCAGCAGAACAAGCUUCUGGAGACCAAAUGGAACUUCUACCAAAACCAGAGAUGUUGCCAAAGCAACAUGGAGCCUCUGUUCAACGGCUACAUCGAGACCCUGAAGCGGGAGCUGGAGUGUGUGGAGGCCGACAGUGGACGCCUGUCCUCUGAGCUCAAUCACAUGCAGGAGGUGCUGGAGGGCUACAAGAAGAAGUAUGAAGAGGAGGUGGCCCUCAGGGCCACAGCUGAGAAUGAAUUUGUGGUGCUAAAGAAAGAUGUGGACUGUGCCUACUUGCGGAAAUCUGACCUGGAGGCCAAUGCUGAAGCUCUGACAGAGGAAAUCAACUUCUUGAAAGCCCUGUAUGAGGAGGAGAUCAGGGUCCUCCAAUCACAAAUCUCAGACACUUCAGUCAUUGUCAAGAUGGACAACAGCCGUGACCUGAACAUGGACUGCAUAGUGGCUGAGAUCAAGGCUCAAUAUGAUGACAUCGCUAGCCGUAGCCGGGCUGAGGCCGAAUCCUGGUACCGCACUAAGUGUGAGGAAAUGAAGGCCACAGUGAUCCGCCAUGGGGAGAGCCUUCGAAGGACCAAGGAGGAGAUAAAUGAGCUGAACCGCAUCAUUCAGAGGCUGACGGCUGAGAUUGAGAAUGCCAAGUGUCAGCGCUGUAAACUAGAGGCUGCAGUGGCAGAGGCUGAGCAGCAGGGUGAGGCUGCCCUCAAUGAUGCCAAGUGCAAGUUAGCUGAGCUGGAGGGUGCCCUACAGAAGGCCAAACAGGACAUGGCAUGUCUGCUGAAGGAAUACCAGGAGGUCAUGAACUCCAAGCUGGGGCUAGACAUUGAGAUCGCCACCUACAAACGACUGUUGGAGGGCGAGGAGCACAGGCUGUGUGAAGGUGUGGGGUCUGUGAACGUCUGCGUGAGCAGUUCCCGGGGUGGGGUGACCUGUGGGGGUCUCACCUGCAGCACCACCCCAGGACUCCAGAUUGCCUCUGGUCCUUCUGCCUCUGGGGGCAGCUACACAGUGAUGGCACCUGAUUCCUGCGCCCCCUGCCAGCCCCGCUCCUUGGGCUUCAGCUGUGGGAGCAGCCGGUCUGUCCGCUUUGCAUAG